CCCGACCCGAUCGGUUGGUCGGUUGUCUAUUUAUAACCGCAGAUAUCGAUAUAUUGUCCGCUUAUAUAGGUUUUCUACAAUGAAACGCGCCGUGACAAUGUAAAUUGAUUGUUCAAUAUUGAAUUCAGAGUUUAAAUGUACAGUCUACCAGUAAAAGUUAAACCUUGUGUUAUCACGCUGGAGGAUAUAAUAUUUCUGAUUUAGAGGAUAUCUUAAUACAUUAAUCAAAUUAAAUAUAUAAAAGUAAGCCUUUUAGAUAAGUUCGUUCCUGAAGUUCAAUACGUUAGCUUUUGUGUUAACCCCGGUGUAUUUAUUGUGUGCAUCACGCCAUUACACUGUGAUAGAACUGAAUCCAUGCAAUUACUCGAUCAAUGUUAUUUUAUGGAGUGAAAACUAAAACAUUGAGUUAAGAAUAGAAGAAAAAGGAAAAAAAGAACGCGUGUGUUUGUGAUAUAGGAUCCUUAGAUGACAUCAUACAUGACGUAAUAAAAAGGGUUGAAUUAAAGCCCUAAAACAUGAUAUGAUGAAGACAAGUGCCUGGAUUAUAACUACAAACGUUGUCGUGUUCUCCCACACAUUUCAGAUAUGUUCAGCAUGUUCGUCAGACGAUAAAGAAGAUUCGGGAUGCUGGUAUACUCUAUGGUAUAUAUGGUUUGUUUUAGGACUUUUUGUUGUAGUAAUAGCUGUAUUAGUCAUCUUAUACAUCAAACAUCGAACAAAAGAACGCUCACGUGCAAGGAGACGUAGAAGAAGUACACGGACGGUUCCAAUACAUUUGCCUACGGGUCCCCCGGGUUCGCAAAACCUAGUCAAACCCCCUUCUAUGAUGAAGCACCGGGGCAAAAACCCGAGUACCACUUUCCCGGGCCAUUCCUACUACAACGUGACUAUGGGGCCAGCCCCCUCUAAGUAA